CACUCCAUUGAGAUUAAUACUCAAACUGUUUUUUCCAGCUUCUAUUGUGGUUGUACUUGUAUAUUCUUUUCUUGAAAUUAUUUCAACUUUCAAUUCCAAUUUAAUGUGGUUCUACACUUCUACUUAAUGCAUUUUGAUAUACUUAAAACUGAUUGAUCCUCCUCUUCCACAGUUCAAGACUUGAAGUGCUAGCACUCUUGCAUCAUUUUAACAUUUUAAGAAGGUACAACAAUGCCACGAUCAAGGGGAUCAGAAAUGCCUCAAAGGCAAUCGCCUCGAGGCCCUCCACAACUCAGAACAUCAAGCUCUGAUUCCAAUCCUCUACACCAUCGGUCAGUGCCUGACCGGAGUCCUAAAUUAGGCGAUCGUCGCUCUCCACGAGGUGCUCAAUCUGAUCCACUGAACCAAAGGAAACUUGGAACAAGAAUUGCAGAUUUGGAAUCCCAACUUGGUCAAGCACAGGAUGAGCUCAAAUCUCUUAAAGGACAGUUAGCUUCAGCUGAGGCUGCAAAAAAAGCAGCUCAAGAACAGCUAGAGAAGAAAAACAAGAAACCAACUGUUGCUGAGCCUGAACAAAUCCAAGAAACCGACAACAACAACGACAACGAUAACAAAAACAAUCCAACUCAUGAAAUUCCAGAUAAUGAUGAACUGAAAGAAACUGAUGUUUUUGAAGUUCCAGUUGAGAAGGUAACUGUGGAGCCUCCUCCAAAUGUUGAAAUUAGUCACCCCUCUACUGAAUUUGAGCCAGAGAAACCAUCAGUCGAAGAGCUGAAUUUGAAAGAUGAAGGAAUAAGCUCAUUGAAAUCCAAGUUGGAGGAGAAAGAGAAAGAGGUUCAGGCUUUUUGCCAAGAAAAUGAGAGCCUGAAGAAGGAGCUGAACGAAAAGAUGCUAGAGAUAUUAUCCGUUAAGGCCAAGGAAGACGAAAUGACCCUCAAGCUAAACCAAGUAACACAAGAGCUUGAAACAAGCAAGAAUGAUGGAGUUAACAUAAAGGAGAAACUCGAAGCUACUGAAAAGGUGAAAGAGGCAUUAGAAAAUGAGAUGAAGAAACUAAGAGUCCAAACAGAACAAUGGAGGAAGGCUGCAGAUGCUGCUGCAGCAGUAUUAGCGGGAGGAGGCGUGGAGAUGAACGGGAGAAGGAUAUCGGAGAGGUGUGGAUCAAUGGAUAAGCACUAUGGUAAUGUAUUAGAACCAGCUGUUGGAGGAUAUGGAAGUUACAUGGGUUCACCGGGGUUGGUUGAUGAUUCUGAUGAUGUUUUCGGACAUGGUAAGAGAAAAGGUUCUGGUAUUAAGAUGUUUGGUGACCUCUGGAAGAAGAAGGGCCACAAAUAAGUGUCGUUUAGAUUAAGAAAAAUGCCUGUCAUGUUUUGCCAGCAAAAUGGCCGCUCGCCAUUUUAACCUUCUCGGCUAAUGUAUGAAUCUUCUUCUUGGCAUCUGGCCAAUAGUACUACUAUUAUGCUGAGUUUAGAUUUCUGUA